AUGGAGAUCGAGGCGCCUCGUUCACUCGAACUUGAUGACGCAACGGCUACAUUAAUUCUGCAAUUACAAAGCGGAGAUCUUGAGGAGCUCCUCGGUGUUAAUAAAGGCAAGGGUAGAGAUGGCGAAGUCUCAGACGCCGACCUCGCCGUUGCGACCUAUCAACAAGAGCUACAAACAAGGAACACAAUCUUAGCUGACCGAUGCAUGGGCAGAAGCCUAACGAGAGCCGUUAUCAGUGACGCUGCGUUACUGAACGAGUCAUUCGCAGAGGAGCACGCCGCAGCCAGGGAUCGGGCUUUGGCUCAGUCAUUGGCAGGAAUCAACGCUCCGUCGGCAGCUUUGGAACAAUCGACAGCAGCAUAUGACUUAGAUGAUGGUUUUUUAGCAAGGCUGGCAGCGCUCUAUAAGUCCGGAUGGGAAAACGAAGGUGACGUGUUGGAGGACACGGUCCGCAGUGACAGUCCAGUGGCCGCAGAAUCAUCCGCUUGGGCGGCAUCAAGACAAAAUCCCGCGACUACAUCUUAUCGUCACUGCACCGCGUGCGAUUUGACGAAACCACUCUUUGAUGUCUGCCAAACGCCGUGUGGACAUUUUUUUUGCCAAGAAUGCAUACAGACCCUUUUCGAGCUGUCAGCUACGGACGAAACCCUAUUUCCGCCUCGAUGUUGCCGUGAGAAGAUUCCCUUGCAGUCCGUCAAGAUCUAUUUGAGUUCCGCCGUGGUUAAAAACUUCGAAGAGAAGAGCAUUGAAUUCGAGACUUCGGAUAGGACGUACUGUUCCCGGCCAGCGUGCUCAUCGUUCAUCGCUGGAGCUAACAUCAGCGGCGAGCAAGCGAUGUGCAGAGAAUGCGGCACACAGACUUGCACCAUCUGCAAGAACAACGCUCAUGAUGGUGAUUGCCCUGAGGACCUUGCAAUUCAACAAGUGCUUGAGACGGCACGGGAAAAUGGUUGGCAACGAUGCUAUAAUUGUCACUGA